UAUUACAUUGAUAUUGUUAUUCAAGAGAGAUUGUCAGAGCAUAUUGAUAAUGUAAUGUACACACACAGUUGCCCUGUUGACGGUAUGCAGCCGCAGCUCGCGCCGAAUUGAAUUAUCUCUUCUCGCAUCAUCCAUCUGCGUAACUCGGUCCUUGACUCUCUGAAAACUCGAGCGGACAGUUUCGUUUGCGGUUAGGAGGGAACCAAAGUGUGUAUCGGUGCAGUAGAUUGCAGCACGUGGCUAGACACUGGCGGGAUAGAAUGAGCCCUCGUAAGGUAGUCAUCGAUCUGGAUGCGGGUACCGACGAUGCCUGGGCACUCCUGAUGUUGCUAAAGGCGGAGCAACAGUAUAACCUGCAGGUGGUCGCGAUCACUUGCGUGCACGGUAAUACUGAUGUGGACAACGUGACGACGAACGUGCUUCGCAUUCUCACCGCCAUCGAUCGGACGGAUGUGCCGGUGUACCGCGGCGCAUCGGAAGCUCUCAUCACGCCACGGAAGCGGAAGUCACCUGAGGAAUGCUUCCACGGGAUGAACGGGUUUGGUGAUAUCGAGUUCGAGCAGCCGCAGAUUGACCGGUCGAUGAUCCGUGGGGAGCAUGCGGUGCUCGCUCUGCACCGCUUGCUGGUGCAGCACCCGGGCCAGCUGGCGGUUAUCUGCGUCGGCCCCCUGACGAACCUCGCACUCUGUCUGAAGCUAUAUCCGGAGGUAGGCACCCUGCUCGGCGAGCUGCACAUCAUGGGCGGCAAUCGAUUGGGUGUCGGUAACGUGACACGGUCAGCCGAAUUUAACUUUUACACGGACGUCGAAGCGGCCCAAAUCGUUCUGGAAAAGGUGCGUUGCCCGGUUACGCUGCUGCCAUGGGAAACGUGCCAGACGCAGGCGCGCGCACUGCCGAUCGACUGGCGCAUGGAGCAGCUAGGCCAGCAGGCCAGUUCCAACCGGGCCGUCCAGAUGCUGAAUGAAAUCGAGCGCAAGGUGUACCGGAAAUGGACCUGCUGGAUGCCCUGUGAUGCCUUUCUGGUAGCAGCCUUCAUCCGACCCGAUAUCAUCGAACGGAGCGAGCGAUUUCACGUGGACAUUGAGCUGCAUGGUACCCUCACCCGGGGGCAGAUGGUACUCGAUCACCUACAGUCGUUUCAAGAGAACGUGCGCAUCGUGGACAAACUGAACGAUGAUGAAUUCCGCCAGCUGUGCCUCAUGGCGUGCGAGUAGUCCCAAGAGAGGGUCACGGUUACGGUUCUCUUUGAAAAUAUUCAAUUUCGAUCCCAUUCAAACAUGUGCCAGCAAAUGAUGACAGGUAUCUGCCGCAAGGUUCACACUUUAUCCCAUACCUGGAUUAGACCUAUGCCUUACAUGAACGAAAUAGGAGGUGAUUUAUUCCAAUAAAUAAUGUCAUCCGUGAUCGCCAGGUA